UGUGAGAUAAUUUGUGACGUUACGCGAUGUCAACCGAAUCUGUGUACAAUGACAUUCGAAAUAGUGGAUAUCAUCAAGGCGGCAUUUUUCGAGUGUACUUGAAAAAAAUUUCAUGGGAACGUUCGACGCAGGCGCGUUACGGCCCGUUCUGCCCUCGAAUGGUUUCAAGAAGGGGCUGUGAAACUAUAAAAGCAUCCCUGUCGCGUCUGUACCCUCACAAACGCGAUCACGUACUCGUAGAACGCGUACCACUGGAACCGCUAUUCCGUAUUUUACCGCAACACCCGUAUCAACGUAUUCUUCCGAGUUCCGUUUUUCAAACGACUCGCAGGCGACACGUGACUUUGCUAACCGCCAUGUAUCGAAAAAUUCGUCUCGGUUUUCUGACGGUAAUCUUGCUGUUGUACUUGAUGUUGGACUCUGGAACGGAAGCUCAGCUGAAUUUCUCCACCGGAUGGGGAAAACGAAGUCAGAGGAGAGGCUCGCUAGAUCCGGGUAGCAUCGAUUGCGCUUCGCGAGUCGCGCCCACGAUGGAGCAGCUGCUCAACAUUUACCAUUCGAUACAGACGGAAGUGCAAAAAAUGUUGGACUGUCGGAAACUGAACGAGUGAUACAACCCGAGAGAAUCGCGAUCGAGAGUCGGCGCAAGCGUCGCGGACC